AUGACCCCCCCUCUCACCCUACAUCGCGUGACCACCUUACAAGACCUAGAACCACUAUACCACAUCGGAGCAGAUGCCUUCCGCGAUGAUCCAGGGAUGAACUGGUUCUACCCUGGCGGUCGCGAUCAUCCCGAAGAUCUUGUCGUGGCAUGGAAAUACCUUCUACUGCAGGAGUUCUUCGACAAGGGGAAGUAUAUCCUUGCUGCCUCGAUCCCUGAUCCAGAUCAAGAUGAUACUAGUAUUCGCGUUGAGAGACGACCGGGGAAAGUGGUAGGGUUUGCUGUUUGGGAACGGAGGGGGGCAUCUGAGGCUGCGAAGAGUUGGCAGGGGGGUGGGGUUUUAAAAGCUACAUGUGUCCAACCAGGGCUCAAAAGAUUCCUGCUCAAUCUGCAGAUCAUACACACAUUCUGUUUCGACACACCACGCCGAUCCUUAUCCUGGUCCAGACUGAGGCAUUUCGGACAUGAGCUCGAGGCAGCCAAGGCUAGUCAACCGAGCGAGUCGUGGUAUCUCAGCAAUCUGGCCGUUAGCUCAACGGCUCAGGGAAAAGGGGUGGGAAAGAGACUCCUGCAAUGGGGAAUCGAUCGAUCCGAGGAAGAGGGUAUCCCGGCUACAUUGGUGUCCACUGACGCUGGGCUGGCUCUGUAUACGAGUAGGGGGUUUAGGAAUUCGGGCUGGCUGUUCUUUGAUGAUGGACGACAGAAACAGACGGUUAUGAGGAGGAAUGUUAAGUAUGUGAGGUUGGAUUAGAUGUGGAUUUGAUGUGGUUAUAUUUCUUCGGUUCGACGUAGUUUAUGAUCUUUUCAUUAGAUUUAGAUUGAUAACCUUGUAUAUAUUUGUUGUUGGUUUAUAUCUGAUAGUGGCAAUGGCUAUACUAGCCGUUAUCUUUGAUCAUUUGAGCACACUUGGUCUUUGAAUGACAUCGGUGUAAGGAAGUCUUUUAGGGGGAAACUUCGAAGGCCAUAAGCCAUAAUCACCUGCAGAUACCUGCGAGCCCGUAGAAUCCGACAUAUGUACAGCUGAGUUGACUCGUUCUAUGCCCGACCAUCCAAUCUAG